UCUGGAUUUCGAGCAACACACAUUUUCCAAGCUGUUGUGCCCGAUCAUGGCAUCCGCCUCAUCUUCAUCCAUGGACAUCAAACUUGCGCCUCGCCCAAGACGCAAGCCCCGCGGAAAGCUGAAUUAUCUCAGUUGCACUUUCUGUCGAAAGGCGAAAGUCAAGUGUUUGCCUGAGCAAAGGUCGUGGCCUAGUGAGAAGUGUCUUCGGUGUUCCCAAAAGGAGCUUGAUUGUUCUCCAGCACAACGAAAAAUACCACUUCUAACAAUGAAUCCUCUCACACCAAAUACAUCCCCUGAAACGACCUUCAUAACCGAGGCCAAAGAUGAACAACUUCAUGAAGCAUUCAUAUUGCUUGCGGUACAAGUUCUUCUUUUAAUGGCAACCAAAGAAUUAUUCACAAUCUGGCAAGAAUCGGACGAGCUGUUCGACUACCUACCAGGGGAAAACAUGCUUGAGAGGAUGGAUGAUUUCUGGGCCACUUACAAGGAGGUUACUGACACCAUUCAAUCAUUACUCAAGAAGAUGCCACGACUCAUCCUUGAGCAGGUGUUUUCCGCUAAUUUUGACAUUGGAUGUUGUAAACGAAGUCUCAGUGACAUUGUUGCACGCUACGAGGAUUCAGGCCAUUAUGGAAUUGCGUGUAUAGUGGCUAUCACCGUAGACCCCAGACAUGACGAAACCACAACUCUCAGAAACAGGAAACAUCUUCUGGAUACAUGGGAAGCUGUGUUCUGCAAGUUCAAACUCGACGAAAUAGGCAAAUCCAAACUGUGUUUACUAAAGACUCAGCUUUUCUUACCGAAGUCGUCACUGGAAAGUCCUGAGAUAAUGGAAGAUCUUCGUAGGGACGGACGAGUGGACUGUUUCGGUCGAUCACCUUGGUUCGCAGGUCACGACGCAGGUCUCCGUGUACCUUGGCCACAAUCUGCCCUUACAGAGAAGGAUUUCUUUGGUCGUCCAGCCUUGUUCUUAGCUUGCGGCAGAGAAGGCUACGCACUGCUUGAUCAGAUACUGCAGAUUAAUGGAACCGAAUGGAUCAAGCAAGCAUCGUCGUAUCCACAUCCUCUCCACCUCGCGGCUAGAAAAGGAUAUACAGAAGUUUUUCGAAAAUUGCGAACGGCGUAUCCACUGAACCUUAUGCUCUUUCUAGAAGAAAUAACAGACGAAGACGGACAGAACUGCGUUCACCUUGCGGUCAAAAACAGACACCUGGAUACUGUCGACUUCUUUUGUCAUAUAUCAGCCAAAAGUCUAAGUUGUCAGUCCUCUUAUGAUAAUAGGACUGCAUUGCACCUGGCUGCGGAACAGCAUUGUUCGGAUAUUGUUGAGUGCCUGAUCAAAGUUAUAGACCCUCAAGCUAUUGACAGGGGUGACGUGGAAGGCUGUACGCCCUUCUUUCUUGCGGCUGAAGAAGGAAAUCUCAAGGUGCUUCAGCUCCUUGAGAAACACGUCGAUGCGGAUCGCCCCGGUCGGCACGGCCAGACGCCACUCUCGGCUGCAGCUUCUGAAGGGCACUCAAAUGUCGUUGAAUACCUUCUGCGACUCUUCUCUUUAAAUCCCACAAAGAUCGAGAUCAAUAGGGUAGACAACUACAGAAGCACAGCACUUGACUAUGCGAUCGAUUACAAUCAUGAUCAAUGUAUGCGUUUGCUGAAGGACCGUGGAGCCUUAACAAAUGAUCAAUUAGAGUCGAGAAGGAAAAUAGAAGAACUGAAAUCUUGGGUGCUUUGA